AUGGCAGAUAAUAACCAAAUAAAUGAAGAAGAACCUCUGAUUGAUACUUUUGAUGUCAUUAUUUUACUGGCGGCAGGAAUCUGUGGGUUACUUUAUUUUUUCCGAGAAAAAUUAUUUACAAAACAAACUGAAGUACCCGCGCCUCCACCUCUAACCACAUUAAACCGCGGACUUGUUAAGAAGAAAAACAAAGACUUUGUACAAAAGAUGCGAGAUCAAGAUAAAAAUGUAAUCCUAUUUUAUGGUUCACAAACGGGAACAGCAGAAGAUUAUGCGUCUCGUCUAGCAAAAGAAGGUGCACAACGUUUUGGCCUUCGAACGCUGGCUGUAGACGUUGAAGAUUGCGAUAUGGCAUUACUCGAUAAAUUCCCCAAAGAUUGCAUGGCAUUCUUUUUGAUGGCUACAUAUGGUGAAGGUGAGCCAACUGAUGAUGCAGUUGACUUUUGGGAACUACUUAAUUCAGAGUUACCCGAAUUCUCACAGGGUGAUGCUCCAGAAGACAAACCGUUAUCAAACCUGAGAUACGUUGUAUUUGCAUUGGGUAACAAAACAUACGAGCAUUUUAAUGCUGUUGGACGUUACAUUGACAAAAAAUUAGAGGAAUUGGGUGCAAAUAGGGUUUACGUAAAAGGUGAAGGUGAUGAUGAUGGCAGUUUGGAGGAAGAUUUUCUUGGUUGGAAAGAAGAUAUGUGGAAGGCUGUCUGUGAAGCAAUGAAUGUAGAUCUAAACGCUGUACAACCUGGGGCUCGUAUUCCUACUUAUACGAUUGAGGAAUUAGGUGAAUAUGAUCAAACUAACGUCUUUUAUGGUGAAUUCAACGAGAAAGCACUUUCUGUUAAUGGAAUGCAAAAUCCAUAUCCGUCAUUUAUUCAACGGACUCGAGAACUUUUCAACGCUACCGACAGAAAUUGUGUUCACGUGGAAUUGGAUAUAACAGGAUCAGGACUUACCUAUCAAUCAGGCGAUCAUGUAGCCAUAUGGCCUAUGAAUUCGGAGCAAGAUGUGUAUCGACUGCUCAAAGUUUUAGGUCUUUGGGAAAAGCGGGAUAAAGUUGUCAUGGUGUCAAGCUCAGAUUCAUCAGCCUCAAAGAAACAUCCGUUCCCUGUACCAACAACUUACGCCACAAUUUUCCGAAAUUACCUUGAUAUUCAUGCACCUGCAUCACGACAGUUUAUUGCCACAUUAGCAAAUUACAUACCAACUCAGGAAGGUCGAGCAAGACUAACCACAUUGGGUGAAGAUAAAGAAGCCUAUAAAACUCAAGUGGCAGAUGCUCAUUUAACACUUGGUGAACUUCUCGAAUCAGUCGCACAAAGCGGUAAAACAUUGGAAGAAAUUCCGUUAGACCUAAUAAUUGAAACUUUGCCAAGACUACAAUGUCGAUAUUAUUCAAUCUCUAGCACACCAAAAGUUUCACCUACUUCAAUUCACAUAACCGCUACUAUCCUAAGUUACCACCCAAGUGCAGCACCCACCAAAACAGUAUAUGGACUUGCCACCAAUUAUUUGUUACAAGUUCAUCGUAAACUAGAAAAUAUCGAACAUCCUGAAACAGCGCCAUACUAUUUAUAUUCGGGGCCACGGAAUAAAUUCCAUGACGAGAAAACGAAUACAAUCAAAUUGGCAUUGCAUGUUCGACAUACCAACUUUAAAUUACCGCGUAAUUUGGAAACGCCGGUUAUUAUGGUAGGACCUGGUACCGGAAUUGCGCCAUUCAGAGGAUUUAUACUUGAGCGUGCAAAAUUCAAAUCUGAAGGUGAAUCAGUUGGCGAUACCGUAUUAUUCUAUGGAUGUAGGAAAGAAAAUGAAGAUUUCUUGUAUAAGGAUGAAUUGCGACAAGCGUUUGCUCAACUUGGCGAUAGUGGUAAAUUAUUUACCGCAUUUUCGAGAGAACAAGAACAUAAAGUGUACGUGCAACAUCGUCUUAUGGAAAAUGCAGACUAUAUAUGGAAGCUUCUUUAUGAUCAUGGUGCCUUUUUCUAUGUAUGCGGUGAUGCCAAAAACAUGGCCCACGAUGUAAACGAUUCACUUGUACGCAUUGCACAAAAACAUGGAAGUAUGGAUGAAGCACGUGCUACUGCGUAUGUGAAAGAUUUAAGGAAUCAAGGAAAAUACCAAGAAGAUGUUUGGAGCUAA